AUGUAAACAAAUGAGUGAGAUUUUUAAUGGGGAAGGCUAUUUAAUGUCGCCGUAAUUUUUACUGAUGUCCACAUUUACGCUGAAUAUAUUAAAGAUUACAAAUAUUUGGUCGUAACGACGAUUUGCUAAUUUAAAUUUAAUUAAAUUAAGAAGAGAGUAAGAAGUAUCCUCAUACAAGGAAUGGCAGAGGGAGGCGUGGAUAAGAAGGACUCAGAAGAGGAGCUGCACAAGGAGGUGGUCGAGCUUGAUAGCAAGGAAGUCGUCAAAGAAUCUGCCUGCAACAACAACUUCCUGCAAUCCAUUGCAGCAAAAUUUAUGGGCUUGUUCAAGUCGAAGCCUGAAGAUCGUUCGUUGGUGUCGGUUGAUUUGGAUGGCGUCGUCGAGUUCAUAAGAAGUGGCAGGUGCAAGAACAUCAUCAGCAUGGCCGGGGCCGGUCUCUCCACGUCUGCAGGGAUUCCAGACUUCCGAUCUCCGGGAUCAGGCUUGUACGACAACCUGGAUGAAUACGACCUCCCAUACCCUGCCGCCAUCUUUGACCUCAGCUACUUCAAGAAAAACCCGGAACCAUUUUUCGUGCUUGCAAAGAAUUUGUUGCCUACAGAGUUGAUACCUACCCCAUGCCAUCACUUCCUCAAACUUCUGCACGACAAAGGUCUUCUCAUGAGGCACUACACGCAAAACAUCGACACAUUGGAGAGACUGGCGGGUCUGCCGAACGAGGUGCUGGUCGAGGCGCACGGAACUUUCAACUCUGGCCACUGUCUCAAGUGCAGAUCGAAAUAUGAUUUCGACUGGAUGAAAAAUAAGAUAAUGUCUGACACUGUACCAAAGUGUAUGAAGUCUGGGUGUAAAGGAGUUGUUAAGCCAGAUGUGGUAUUGUUUGGCGAGAAUCUUCCCAUGAAGUUCUUCUCAUUGUUGAUACAGGAUUUCAGCAAAUGUGAUCUGCUGAUUGUGCUGGGGACCAGUCUCAACGUCCAGCCGUUCGCUUCACUCGUUCACAAGGUUCCAAAGAAAUCUCCGCGUCUUUAUGUCAAUCUUCAAAAGACAUCAGGGAGCUCUUUCGCUUCAUGGCUGAUCGGUGGUGGGUCUGGCUUCAAAUUUGAUGAUCCCGACAAUGAAAGGGAUGUCUUCUGGAAGGGAACCUGCGACGACUGGUGCCAACUGAUGGCAAAGAAACUCAACUGGGAGUGUGAAUUAAACGAACUGAUUACGAACCAAACGACGAAAAUUAUAAAGUGAAAAAUAUUAGAACAGAAUGGACCUGUUGCUGCAAUUGAAAUCUCCUUACAAACAUUAAAUAUCUAAAAUGUCUCUUACUCCUAACUGCAACGAUAUUGAGUGUCGGGCGACCUUACCAUCCGUAACAUUCAUUGUUUGCAUUUAAUUGAAACCGCUGUCACUGAUUGUUCAUUUUCUUCAAUCGGAAUGAUGACAUUUUUUGUUAUUUUAAGUUUUUGUUGGUUUUUUUUUCUUAUCAUCAAAUAACAGGCGUUAAUUAAACUGAUUAACGCCAACAAUUCUGUAAAAUUCAUACAAUACUGUUUAUAAAUAAUUAUACAUACAUAACAUCAUGGAUAUAUACAUACAUAAUACAUACAUAACAUCAUAUUAUAUAUAUCCAUGCAUAACAUAUAUGUAUUAUAUAUAGGCUGAAAGGAGACCAUAAUUGAUGCAAUAUUUGAUAAAAUUUACCGAUGUUUUUUUCUCCACCAUGAACGCAAACGAUUUUCUUAUUAAUUUCAAUAAAUUUGGUAAUAAUUUAUUACAUUACUGUUAGAAAUAUUGAAAAGCUCAAUCGUAAACAAACAUUCAAAAGCUUAAAAUUCGGUAGUUUUUAUCAAAUAAUGCACACACACACGCACACACACACACACACACACACACAUAUAUAUAAUCUGGUAAAAGGCCAUAAUUAAUGCGGUAAUUCUUAACCACACCUUUUUAACAGCACUAUACCUAACCAAACUCUUGUCAUUAUUUAUAUUAUUAAAAUUAGAAUAUUUCGUAUAUAUUUUGUACUUUUUAUGAUACGUUUGUUGAUAAAACAUAUCAUAAGAUAUUAUUUUAACAAUAAAACAUAACACCAAA